CCAGUCAACGUUUCUGUAAAUAACUGCAGUAACACUUUUAUGCGAUCAUCUACAACUCAUAUAGUAUUUUAUAAUUGACAACCACCAGAAGAGCUCGAUAUGAAAUGUGCCAUCGAUGGAAGUAAUGUGAAGGCAUUUGGAAAGGCGGUCCACGCCCUGUCUCGAAUAGGAGAGGACCUGUGGCUGGACCCUCUGGAGAAAGGGUUGGCGUUGCGGGCGGUGAACUCGGCCCACUCGGCGUACGCCUGCUUCCUGUUUUCUCCGCUCUUCUUCCAGCUCUACUCCCUCCAGCCCGGCACCCACAGCCCCGGCACGCCCGUCAAAUGCAAACUAGCCAUGAAGUCGGUUCUGCCACUGUUCCGCUGCUUGGCCACCAUAGAACGCACCGUGGACCGAUGUGAGAUCUCCAUCAGUACCGAGGAGAGCCGGGUCAUAUGCCAGUUCUACUGCAGACACGGGAUUACUAAAACUCACAACCUGAGCUACCAGGAAUCUGAAGCCCUACAGGCCGUCUUCCCCACCAACCUCUGCCCCAAUGUCCUCAAGGCCCAGGCCAAACUGCUGGGGGACAUUGUGAGACACUUCCCUGCGUCUCAGGAGGAAAUCACCCUGGCCGUGUCCCCCGUCAGAGUCAUUCUGAAGAACUACUACGAGGAAGAGAGCGAUCGUGUGAAGGCCAUGUACACAGAGAUGAGCCUGCACCCAGAUGAGUUUGACUACUUCCAGGUCGGGGUCGACUCACACAUCACCUUCUGCCUGAAGGAGCUCAGGGGUCUUCUGUCAUUUGCAGAGUCACACAGUUUACCUGUGUGUGUCCACUUUGGCUCUUCUGGAAAGCCGGUGUCCUUCAGCCUUGACGACAUGCCGCUGACAGCGACUGUGGUGUUGGCCACCCUGGAUGAGGACACUAGUGCCCCCCCCUCACAAACCACCCCCUCCCAGACAGGCCCAGUACACAGGUGUGUGGGGGCCCCAUCUGUCCCAGCCUCUCCCCACGGGACCCUUGAGUGUGGGGGGGCCGAGGAGCAGCAGGAGGAGGAGAGCCUGCACGUGGCCCCCCAGGGAGACCCAGUCCUGGGGGAGGAGCGCGUCUUAUCCAGCCAGGCUAGCCCCGUGUUCAGCCCCGCCUUCCACCUCAGGAAGCUUCUGCAACUCCCGAAACCGACGCCGACGCCGCCGCCGCGCCAGGAGCAGGCCACAGCAGCUGCCACACUCAACAUGGAGGCCGAAGAGGUCUGUGCCUGGCUCCUCCCUGUGGCACCGCCCCUAACGCAUGAACAGACAUCGCUGAUUGAGGACAUGGAGACAGAGCCUGUUUGUGCCACACCCAAGAUGGCCGCAAGCUCUAUGUCAGUUACCCCUCCUACAGCCAAGGUUUGCGCGCUCCUGUUUGGCGCCCUGUGCGUGCAGAACCCAGAUGCCAGUCCGUCGGCUUUACCCAGCCUGGCAUGUGCCAGCGACACUGAGGACGAGAUUGCAGAUGACAGAGGGCAAACACGCACAACAGAAGAGUAACACACACACACACACACACACACAGACCUCACAAAGGAAUGGACACUGGAAAGCUUGUGUUAAGCUUCAACUGCAAGUUCAUGUUGGUUUGUGUUUUUAGUGCCUCAAUCCAGUGCAGAUUUGGUAAAUUCCUAAACG